AUGAAAAAGUCGUGGAGUCUCACGUUCUACCUUAUAUUCUACCUGCCGCACCUCCUUGUUGCUACGGAUAGUUUGAAUACGACAGCAGGAUCCGACGAGCUGGCACACACAAACGUCGGAUGGAUUGAUAGCCCGUCGAGGCGGGGAACUCUAACGCUUGUUCUUGGUUGUCUCUCUACUAUUCUUGCAAGCACUUGGGCCGUCCUGCACCUCAACGUGCCAGCCCCAACCGACGAUUGGAAAGUUAAGCUCAUCCGAAAAGUUAAGUGGAUGACCAUUACCAUAUUAUUUCCGGAACUAGUCCUCUCGAAGGCCGUCUGUGAACUCCGGCUCGCUGUUGCAGAUCAGUACGCCAUGCAUACUAUGGCCAAACCACUGGACGAUAGGAUUAAACGAAAAUGGAAAACAACGCAGAUCGUCACUUUCGAGAGGGUAUUCGAUAGUUGGCUCCCAAGAGAUGAGCGGGAUGACGGUAUUAGAACGGUGGUCUACCAGUGGGAAUGGAAGAUUGACGAUGUAGGUGGAGGAUUGAAGUUCCUACACUGGCUUUUUGGUCUUGAAAAACACGCCGAUGAAGUCAAUUCCAUGGGAAAUACACAGUCUCCAGGCAGAUACAAUAACGGAGACAUACAGGACAAGAUUGGCCAGGGGGAGAUCCAAGUCGUCGCUGGCCCAAGAGUUUGCGAAUAUAAAGUUAUUCGAACUUGGACACUACUCCACUCGUACUACCUGAACAUGGGCGGCCUACACAUUUCUAGCCUUAACGAUAUCACAACCAAUCGCCAUUUCGACAAGUACGAUCCUGUCACAAACGGUCGCCCGACCUUUCCCUUGACUACACAUUCGAUUUCUGAUGGCAAUUUAUCCUUACUCGAGCAUAUCACUUUGGAUAAAGCGGACAUCGAGGACAAAAGCAAGGCUGAUUGGCUCGUAAAGACAUUCGCAAUUCUGCAGAUUGGAUGGCUUUUCAUUGAGGUUAUAGCUCGCAGAGCUAGCAAACUUCCCCUUACUCAGCUUGAGAUUGCUACCACAGCUUUCACAGUCACCGCAAUAUUCACAUAUGCGGCAAAUUGGUGGAAACCUAAAGAUGUUAACAGCCCAACGAUUCUGAAAGGGCCGACAAAGAUUCCUUCCAAUGAAGACAACCGCCUCAAGAGCGUUUUCUGGACUCAGCUUGAUCCUGUGCGUCAUUCUAUAACCAUCCACGACAAGAGAGUAAAGAAUGACCUGGUAUGGGGCACGGGAAUCUUUUCAGGCAUUCUUGCUGCUUCUUCUCUACUAUUUGGCUGCAUACACUGUCUCGCAUGGAAUUUCGAGUUUCCGACUAAAGCCGAACAUUUGUUGUGGCGAGGUGCAAGUAUUACGACUGCUUUUCUCCCAGGUCUCGCCCUCGGAAUGAAAUAUUUAUUUGGACGAUUCCGCUAUCGUAGAAGAGGAGGACCUCAGGAAAUGAUUCAGGAAAUGAUUAUGAGAAUACAUGUUGCAUAUAUAUCAAUGAUCGUUUCAAUAAUUAUUGAGGUUUUAUAUAGUAUUGCGCGAUUGAUUCUCAUUGCUCCUGUCUUUUCAUGUCUUCGAUCAGUUCCUGAUGCAGUAUAUAAUAACAUAGUGUGGACCAGCUUUAUACCAAGCUUUUCUUAG